AUGAAUUCAUUAAAGAAAAAUAUAGAGAAUCUAUACCCAUAAUUUACAAUGGUAGAAGUGUUACGAUAUAAUAAAUUCAAAAAAACAAUUUUGCUUAAAAGGGUUAAUAAACCUUACAUCUUGAGAUUAUUCAGUUUAGAAGGAGUUAAUAAAGAUAAAGUAACUUCUCUAAUAUAAUUAAUUAAUAAACUAUCAAAGACAAGCAAUCCUCAUUUUGUUAAAUUUUAUGAAGCCACUCAUUAUUCAGAUAAUACUUAUUUAGGGUAUUUUAAUAAAUAAUUUAAUAGAGUAAUUAGUUAAUUUAUUGAUACAUAAUAUUAAUGUCCCUUGAAUGAAUAAGAAAUUCUUAAUAUACUAAUUUAGGUAUAAUAAAUUUUUAAAUUAUUAGGUUUGUUCAGCAUUUGAAUUAUUUCAUCCUAAACAUCCUCAUGGAAAAAUAAGUUUAUCAAAUCUAUUUUGUUCUUAAAAGACUACUAUAUUGGGAGAUAUGAAUAUUUUAUAUUAUCUUCAUUAAGAAAACUAUUAAGAUAUAUAUUUAUUGGCUCCAGAAUUUGUAAAAUAAAAAAUUUAUGAUUGUAAAUCUGAUAUUUGGAUGCUUGGAGUUUUAGUUUAUUAAAUGAUGUUUAAGGAAUAAGCUUUUAAAGCCAAUAAUUUAAAUGUGUUACAUAAAUAAAUACAAAAAGGAAUUAAAUUCAUAUAUAAUCCAUAAUAUAGUCUAAAUUUAAAUAAUUUUUUAAGAAUAUUGCUCUGUUAUGAUCCUGAACUAAGACCAUCUAUAAAUUCAAUUAAAUAUUUUGCUGAAUAGGCAUUGAUAAGCUCCAAACAGUUUGACAUUUUCUAAAUCUUACCAAAAUAUAAAAUUGAUUAAAUUGCAUUACAAAAAAAGAAAAAAGAAUUAAAACAUAUAGUGAGAGACAAUUAGAUUUAUUUAAAUGAGCAAACUUUGAAAUAUCCAUCAUUUAAACCUUCUAAGAUCUUAAAAACUGAAAAAAAAAUUUAAUUGAUUAAUCCAACUCCUAAACAUUCAGGGGAUAAAUCACAUUAUAUUGAUUGUUCUUUGGAUAUAUAAUAAUAAUUUCCAACAUUGUAAUUAGAAUAAAUAGAGACUAAAAAGAGCUAAUCUUUUGUUGAAAAAUAUUCUCAAUCAUCGAAAAAACUUAAUUAAUCUUAAAUCUAUUAAUAGUAACAAAAAAUAAAUUAGAAACACCUUUAUCCUGUUUAAUUACCAAAAGUGUUAUAAUAUUCAUUUAGUAAAAUAAAAUUUGAACAUGAGUUAAGCCCUACAAAAUAACAUAAUGAAACAGAUUAGUACAAUAAUUAAUAUUUUUAGUUAGGAUGAAUGUACAAAAAAUAGAUAAAAUAAAUAUUCAGAUAAAAAUAUAGAAUAAAAAACUAGGAAAUCGAAUCCAAAAAUGUCAUUCCAUUUAAACAUAGAAUCAGCUCAAAGAUCUUUCAGUUAACGAUUAUGA